AUGAAACAGGCAGCCUUAUCUUGUCAGGCUCAGGCACAUGAUUGUAAUCUUAAUAUUUGGUCUCCAUUCGAUAAACCCGAAAAGCCUCUUAUCCAUUCAGUACCAUCGGGUCAUACUGCAAAUAUCUUUUCUGCUAAAUUUCUGCCAAAGACAAAUGAUCGACAUAUAGUUUCAUGUUCCGCUGACGGAAUCGUUAGGUUCACGGAUCUUAACGAUUUUAUUGCUUAUUCUCCUUCCAAUGGUUGGAACCCUUCACCAGCAUUUAAAUGUCACACGAAUAUGGCAUUUGAAGUUUUACCCGAUCCAAAUAAUCCAUACGUGUUUUUCUCUUGUGCAGACGAUGGUCGAAUAAAAAGAUAUGAUCUCCGCAUUAGUAAAUCUUGUGAUGAAAAUUGUAAGCGUCAUACAUUUUUGGACAUGAAUCCAACGCGUAAACCAAAGAGGAGUGAUUUACAAAGCAGAGACCAACCUAAUGAUAAAAAUGAUGAUGCUCGUUCACAAAGCGAACCCGAGUCAGAACAACAAUCAGAUCGUACGAUAAAUUUUUUUCCAUUUCGCACACGUAGAGAAGUGGGCGUCACGGCUAUAUCGAUCAGACCAGAUAAUCCUGAUUAUAUGGCUACUGCUUGUGGAGAUGAUACUGUACGAAUAUAUGACCGGCGCUUUAUCUCAUCAGGUUCAAAUAUUUCUUAUCAUCAAGAUAGCCAAGUUUAUCGAUUUAUUCCUACUGCAAUGCGACAAAAUCUGGAUAAAGAAUCAUCGAAUCAUCAUCGAAUGACUAGUUUGAAAUAUGAUCCAAAUGGUGGUGGUGAUUUAUGUGUUAGUUAUAGUAGUGAUAAAGUUUAUUUACUCAGGCCAGGAGCUGGUCUAAUUGAUAAGCCAAGAAAGACAAGAAAAGGAGCAGUUAGUAUAUCGAAAAAGAAAGAACGUGACGAAUCAGAGUCUGAAAGUAAACCGUCAGAGGAUAACGUGGAAAGAGAGUCCCCUAUUACAAAAAUGGUUGGUAAAGGAAAAGCAAAAGAAGAAAAUUCAUUUGAAGAAAGAGACACUAUUCCAACAUCAUAUUUAUUUGAAAAUACUAUUAAAAAUAAAGAGGUUGAUAAUUAUGAUGAUGAGGUUUUGAGUGAUCAAGAUAAUCGGCAGCCUGAAAUACAAAAAAUUAAUGAAAUCGAGGAAGAAGACGACGAUGAUGAUGAUUACAUGUAUAGUUCUGGUGAGGACGACGAAGAGGAUAUAGAUGAAGCGCACGAUGAAGAUAUAGCCAUGUCCUACACCGGUCAUUUAAAUUCUAGAACUAUGAUUAAAAAAGCAUAUUUUUUUGGAGCAAAAUCCGAAUAUAUUAUGUCUGGUUCGGAUGACGGUAGUGUAUUUAUAUGGGAUAAACUGACAGGAAAAAUUGUCAAUUUAUUAAAAGGGGGUGACACGAAGGUUGUAAAUUGCGUUCAACCACAUCCGUAUUAUCCAAUUUUAUGUACAUCCGGAAUUGAUUAUGAUGUGAAACUUUGGUAUCCUAAAGGAGAAGAAAAUGAUCUUUCAGAUCUUGAAAGGAUUUUAAAGCAUAAUGAAGAAGCAGCGCUUCAAGAAAAUGCUAUGGGUAGAUGGGGAGGCACCGAUAAUCAAUUUUCGAUAUUAUUUGCUUUACUCAGCGAGUUCGGAGCUAACAUGUCUAACAUGUUUGAUGAAUGA